AUGGAUGAUGGUUCGUCGUCGCCGCGCGGCGGCAUUCUCGCCAACGCUUUGCGAAACAUCAAACAACGCGAGUCCGACGUCGACCUGGCGCCGAUUCAGAUUCGUCAUGUGCCGAUUCAGAUGAUCUCGUCGCCGCCGGGACCGUCGAAGCCAGACACUCCACCAACGUCAAGAUUUUUGAGAAAACGACGCGUCAGCUCACCGGAAAGACCGCGAUCGGCACGCGAAAGUCGAGGAAUUCUUGCGAGAGGCUUAAAAGAAAUCAGUCGGAAUGUUGAGGAAUUGGAAAAAGCCAGCGAGGAGCCGUCAAACCGUACCGGAAUUCUCGGAACCGCUCUUGAGGAGAUCAAACAUGUCAGCUAUAGUCGAAUUUAUAGGAGGAAGGAGUCGACGCCAAAGCGAUCACGAUCCGUUGAAGAGCUUCCGGAUAGAGUGGGAAUGAUCGAACACUUGCUCAAAACGCACGAUCCAGAUCAGAUGAAACAAUUGGGACUCACUGAGCUUAUAAAAGAGGAAUCGAAGCCGACGAUGAGCAUUGCUCGACGAAUGAGCGGCUCGCCAUUGACGAGAAGCACCAACGUUGUGAUUGUUCCGAAGCAGCACUCACGGGAUAGCAACACGCCGCCGGAACGGACCAAUUCGGGCAAAUCGCGAGUCGUCGAUGAUGAGCGGAGACAAUCGAGAGCUCAUCCGUUUCGGGAGAGCAUCACGUCGCACACGUCGAAUGAGGAGAUGCCGAUGGAGGAUUUAGCGAUGGCCGAUCCGCAAACCAAGAUACUAUAUUAUGCGAAACGCGAAGAAUGGGCGAAUAUGGAGAAGGAGAUCGAUGGUGUGAAGCGAAGCGAUUUCACAAUGGCCGACAAUCACGGCUUCACCGGUUUUCUGUUGGCAGUGAAAGCCGGCAAAGCCGGCAUCGUGCAGAAAAUGAUCAAUAAAGGCGCGCGCGUCGAUUUUUUGACGAAAGACGGCCGCAACGCGUGCCACAUCGCGGCGAUGUUCGCCGACGUCGACACACUCGAAUUGAUAUUGAAACGCUAUUCGGAUCUUCUCUGGAAGGCGGCGGGCGCGAAGAAGCAGUGUGCGAUUCAUGUGGCGUGCGAGCGCAAAUCGAAAAAAGCGUACGCGAUCGUGAAGCGGAUUCUCGACGAGGUCGAUCAACGAUUGACCGAAGACGGCGACGGCUCGCUGCCGAUUCAUUUGGCGUUUCGCCACGGCAAUCUCGCCAUCAUCGAGCUCCUUCUGUCGACGCCCAACGACGAGCAGACGCGCAAAUUGGAUGGUCAUGGCAACAGUUUGCUUCAUUUGGCGGUGCGAUCGGGAAGUAUGGAAGUGAUGCGGACGGCGAUCGCCGCCGGCUGCGACAACGCCAACAUUCAGAACAAGGAGGGACGAACGGCGUUGCACGAGGUGGCCGAAGUCGGCGAUCAGAAUAUGCUGAAGAUCAUGUUCAAAAUGCGCGCCGACGCGAACAUCUAUGAUAAAGACGACAAGACGCCGGUGCACGUGGCGGCCGAACGCGGCGACACCCAAAUGGUCGAGUCGCUCAUCGACAAAUUCGGCGGUAGUAUUCGGGCGCGCACGCGCGACGGCUCGACACUAUUGCACAUUGCCGCGUGCUCGGGCCACACGAGCACCGCGUUGGCGUUCCUCAAGCGCGGCGUGCCGUUGUUCAUGCCAAACAAGAAGGGCGCGCUCGGUUUGCAUUCAGCGGCCGCCGCCGGCUUCAACGACGUCGUCAAAAUGUUGAUCGCGCGCGGAACGAACGUCGACGUGCGCACACGCGACAACUACACGGCGCUUCACGUCGCGGUGCAAUCGGGCAAAGCGUCGGUCGUCGAGACGCUUCUCGGAAGCGGCGCCGACAUUCACGUGAGAGGCGGCGAGCUCGGCCAGACCGCGUUGCACAUCGCCGCCUCAUUGAACGGUCCCGAGAGUCGCGAUUGUGCGAUGAUGCUGCUGAAAUCGGGAGGGCAGCCCGAUGUGGCGCAAUCCGACGGCGAGACGUGCCUUCACAUCGCCGCCAGGAAUGGCAACAAAGAAAUUAUGAGACUCCUUCUCGCCGAGAAUGCCGACGCUCAAAUUCAAUCGAACACCGGCGAGACGCCGCUUCAUGUCGCGGCGAAGUCGUGCAAUUUCGAAGCGGCCUCGAUGAUUCUGAAUCAUCUCAGCGAGCACAUGACGGCCGAGCAACUCCGCGAGCACGUCAAUCAUCGAACGAACGACGGCUUCACGGCGCUUCACUACGCCGCCGAAAUCGAAUCGCAACAAUUGCAUUUUCCCGGCGAGGACGCGAAACUCGUCAAUUUGCUCAUUGAUUAUGGCGGACAAGUCGAGAUGCAAUCGAUCGGCACCAAUGAGACGGCAAUGCAUAUGGCGGCGAGAUCGGGAAACCAGGCGGUGUUGUUGGCGAUGGUGAACAAAAUUGGCGCCGGCGCCGUGCAAAUUGUGCAGAACAAACAAAGCAAAAACGGCUGGUCGCCGCUGUUGGAAGCGUGCGCGCGAGGGCACACCGGUGUGGCGAACACCCUUCUCAAACAUCACGCCCGAAUCGAUGUGUUCGAUGAGAUGGGACGAACCGCACUUCAUCUCGCCGCUUUCAAUGGCCAUUUGGCGAUUGUGCACCUGCUGCUUCAGCACAAGGCGUUUGUCAAUAGCAAAUCGAAGACCGGCGAGGCGCCGCUUCAUUUGGCCGCGCAGAACGGCCACGUCAAAGUGGUCAAUGUGCUCGUGCAGGAUCACGGCGCCAGUCUGGAAGCGAUCACGCUCGACAAUCAGACCGCCCUUCAUUUCGCCGCCAAAUUCGGCCAACUCGGCGUCAGUCAGACACUUCUGGCGCUCGGCGCGAAUCCGAAUGCGCGCGACGACAAAGGCCAGACACCGCUUCAUUUGGCCGCCGAGAACGACUUUCCCGACGUUGUCAAACUUUUUCUGAAAAUGAAACACAAUAAUAAUCGGGGUGUUCUCACCGCAAUCGAUCACAACGGAUUCACGUGUGCGCAUAUUGCUGCCAUGAAGGGCUCGCUGGCGGUCGUUCGAGAAUUGAUGAUGAUUGAUAAGGCGAUGGUUAUACAGGCGAAGACGAAGACAUUAGAGGCGACUACCCUACACAUGGCCGCCGCUGGAGGUCAUGCGAACAUCGUCAAAAUUCUGCUGGAAAAUGGGGCGAACGCGGAAGACGAGAACUCGCACGGAAUGACCGCUUUGCAUCUCGGCGCGAAAAACGGAUUCGUCUCGAUUCUCGAGGCGUUCGAUCAGAAUUUGUGGCGACGAUGCUCGCGAAAGACGGGACUCAACGCGUUGCACAUCGCCGCCUACUACGGCAACUCGGAUUUCGUCAAUGAGAUGCUCAAACAUGUGCCGGCGUCGAUACGCUCGGAGCCGCCCAUCUACAAUCAUCAUGUGAACAAGGAGUUUUCGACGGAAUACGGCUUCACGCCGCUUCAUUUGGCCGCCCAAUCCGGUCACGAUAGUCUUGUGAGAAUGUUGCUGAAUCAAGGUGUUCAAGUGGACGCCACAAGUACAACAAUGAAUGUCAUCCCGCUUCAUCUUGCCGCCCAGCAGGGCCACAUCGCCGUCGUCGGAAUGCUGUUGUCGCGAUCGACGCAGCAGCAGCACGCCAAGGAUUGGCGAGGACGGACACCAUUGCAUCUCGCCGCUCAGAAUGGACACUACGAGAUGGUGUCGCUUCUUAUCGCGCAAGGUUCCAAUAUCAAUGUGAUGGAUCAAAACGGAUGGACCGGAUUGCAUUUUGCGACUCGCGCCGGACACCAGAGUGUUGUCAAAUUGUUCAUUGACAGCUCGGCGGAUCCGCUGGCCGAGACGAAAGAGGGCAAAGUGCCGUUGUGUUUCGCCGCCGCGCACAAUCACAUCGAGUGUCUGCGGUUCUUGUUGAAGCAGAAGCACGACACGCAUCAGCUCAUGGAGGAUCGCAAGUUCAUUUUUGAUUUGAUGUUGUGCGGCAAAGCCACCGAGAACGAGCCGCUUCAAGAGUUCAUCCUUCAAAGUCCCGCUCCAAUCGAGACCGCUGUCAAAUUGUCGGCGCUCUAUCGCGACAUGUCGGAAAAGGAGAAGGAGCGAGCGAGAGAUUUGCUGAAUGUGGCCGUGUUCAGCGAGAACAUGGCCGUCGAGCUUCUCGGAAUCACCGCCACCGAGUACAACGCCGCACUUCUACUCAAAGCCAAAGACAAUCGCGGGCGGCCGCUUCUCGAUGUGCUCAUCGAGAACGAGCAAAAAGAGGUUGUCUCGUACGCGUCGGUGCAACGAUAUCUGACGGAGGUGUGGACGGCGCGUGUCGAUUGGUCGUUCGGCAAGUUUGUCGCGUUCUCGCUGUUCGUUUUGAUCUGCCCGCCGGCUUGGUUCUACUUCUCGCUUCCGCUGGAUAGUCGAAUCGGACGCGCGCCGAUCAUCAAAUUCGUCUGCCAUAUUGUCUCUCACGUCUACUUCACCAUCCUUCUAACAAUCGUCGUUCUUAAUAUCACACACAAAAUAUAUGAAACAACGUCGGUCGUGCCGAAUCCCGUCGAAUGGCUUCUACUUCUGUGGCUCUCGGGAAACUUGGUGUCGGAAUUGUCGACGGUCGGCGGUGGUUCGGGAUUGGGCAUUGUGAAAGUGCUCAUUCUCGUUCUCUCCGCCGCCGCCAUUGCGGUCCACGUGCUCGCAUUCUUGCUGCCGGCGGUAUUCCUCACCCAUCUAGAUAAUGAUGAGAAAUUGCAUUUUGCGAGGACCAUGCUUUAUCUAAAGAAUCAGCUAUUCGCAUUUGCACUUCUUUUCGCGUUCGUUGAAUACCUCGACUUUCUCACCGUCCAUCAUUUAUUCGGACCAUGGGCAAUCAUUAUUCGUGACCUCAUGUACGAUUUGGCGCGUUUCCUUGUGAUUCUGUUUUUGUUCGUCGCCGGAUUCACACUGCACGUCACCAGCAUCUUUCAGCCCGCCUAUCAGCCGGUCGACGAGGAUAGUGCCGAAUUGAUGCGACUGGCGUCGCCCGAGCAAACGCUGGAAAUGCUAUUCUUCUCGCUUUUCGGAUUGGUCGAGCCCGACAGCAUGCCGCCGCUUCAUCUUGUUCCCGACUUCGCCAAAAUCAUAUUGAAAUUGCUGUUCGGCAUUUACAUGAUGGUCACACUCAUUGUGCUCAUCAACUUGUUGAUUGCUAUGAUGUCCGACACGUACCAGAGGAUUCAAGCUCAAUCUGACAAGGAAUGGAAAUUCGGACGAGCGAUUCUCAUUCGGCAAAUGAACAAACGAAGCGCGACGCCGUCGCCGAUCAAUAUGCUCACGAAAUUUCUGAUUGUUGUCAAAGUCGCGUGGAGGAAUCGAUUGCGAUGUAUGACGCGAAAAGCGCAAGACGAUUUGCGAUUCGAGGAGAACAUCGACGCGUUCUCGAUGGGCGGCGGACAACAAGGCCGCGCGAGUCCGACGAUGCGUGACGAGGGCGGCGCGCUCGGCGGACAGACGGCGGAGCUCGGCCGAAGCUCGGAUUGGAAUAUCGAGACGGUGAUCGAUUGGAGGAAAAUCGUUGAUAUGUACUAUUUGGCGAACGGCAAACUGGCGGGAACUGAGAAGAAGGAAGAGGAGCCGGUUGCCAAUUUGAGCUAA